UCCGGCCGGCCCAGCCCGCGUCGCAGGCCCCCGGGCCCGGAGGGGCGGCCUGAGCUCGGGGCCUCCCAGGGGAGGGGCCUGCGUCCGAGAGAACCACUUUCAUUUCCCAGUUCCAGAGGCUCCGCAGGCACGAUCGACCUCGAGCCAACGCGUUUCCGAGACCCCUCCUGUCCCGACAGGGCUUCUCUCCGCGUUCCCCGGAGCCUGGCCAGGUGGAUGAACAAGUCGGUGCACCGAUCGCGCCUGUCCCGCCGCAGGAGCCCAGCUCUGGCUCAUCCCUGACCCCCACCCAAACCUGCUCUUCUGCUUUGUUGCCUCCAGAGCGCACGGUCCCCAAACAGUUCACCUGCCGGCGGCCCCAACCCAGCGGGAGACGUGGACAUGAGGUUGGCAGGCCCCCUCCGCAUCGUGGCCCUGAUUGUGACCGUGGCUCUCACCUGGAUCAUAGUCAGCAUCCUCCUGGGUGGGCCUGGCAGUGGCUUCUCUCGCAUCCAGCAACUCUUCAUCAGCCCAGAGAAUUCAGUGACGGCAGAGCCGCGGGCCAGGAAGUACAAGUGCGGCCUGCCCCAGCCAUGUCCCGAGGAGCACCUGGCCUUCCGCGUGGUCAGCGGGGCUGCCAAUGUCAUCGGACCCAAGAUCUGCCUGGAGGACAAGAUGCUCAUGAGCAGUGUGAAGGACAACGUGGGUCGAGGACUGAACAUUGCCCUGGUGAAUGGGGUCAGCGGUGAACUCAUCGAGGCCCGGGCCUUCGACAUGUGGGCAGGAGAUGUCAACGAUCUUCUGAAGUUUAUUCGGCCACUGCAUGAAGGCACCCUGGUGUUUGUGGCAUCUUACGACGACCCCGCCACCAAGAUGAACGAAGAGACCAGGAAGCUUUUCAGCGAUUUGGGCAGCAAGAAUGUCAAGGACCUAGCCUUCCGGGACAGCUGGGUGUUUGUGGGGGCCAAGGGUGUGCAGAACAAGAGCCCCUUUGAGCAGCAUGUGAAGAACAGCAGACACACCAACAAGUAUGAAGGCUGGCCCGAGGCACUGGAGAUGGAAGGCUGCAUCCCAAAGAGAAGCACGGCCAGCUAGCCAGCCAAGCGACGACCAGGCCAAGGAGGCUGCGUGUGCCUGGCCCAGGAGGAGGCAGAAGUGGUGCCAGUGCAGGGCUGAGUCCCGACCCCACACCGGCCAGGAGUGCUCUCUUGUUCAACACAUCAGGGCUCCGAGGCCGUGAGCGGUGACCCGUGUGUGACUGGUGGUGGGGACUGUGAUGGCCAGUCUCAUUGUACUUUGGCAGGGGAGCCCAGGUCCCCAUCUCCUUUUCCUAAGGCUGCUUUCCCUAGUCAGCCCCCACCCACUUCCCAAGGCCCUGGGUGCUCGCCCCCUGGCUGCACAGCCACCUGGUUGGGCAACUUCCGGAACCUCUCCACCCAGAGCCGCUCACUGCUCUGCAGGCUAGUCCUGUUUCCCACGGGUUUCCUUCCGGUGAGCCACAUCUGGUGGCCCAUGGCAGGGACAUACCUGGCUGCCUCCUGCCCCGCUCUCCGUAGGAAAGGGCCGCCAUAGAGCCUGGCUGGCCAGGGCAGUAAGGUAGUGAGCCUGGUCACGGGCCCUGGUGCAGUGGGUGGCAGCUCCUGCAGUUUGUCACAGGACCCGGCUUCUAGAUGACCUCUUAAUAAAUUGGUGCCCCACUGGAAUGUGUGCACUCAACAUGGA